UGAGUUCAAGAUAACCCUAAUAGCAGGCCAAGACAUACCAAUCAGUAACAAAAAUUCAUUGAAUCAGUCAUUUGAUUCUAAAACAAGUCCGAGUUACUAUAGAAAAAAAAAAUUAUUUUAUAAGUGAUGUCGCUCAAAUUUCAAAUGGCUGUGAACGUGUACUCCACCAACGUGUCCUCAGACAAUCCCUCGCGCUAUGACAUGCUGACCUGGGUCAACCAGAUGCUGCAGACGCAGUUCUCCAAGGUCGAGGAGAUGUGCACCGGAGCGGCUUACUGCCAGUUCAUGGACAUGAUGUUUCCCAACUCGAUUCCGGUCAGGAGAAUCAAGUUUCACGCAAACCUAGAGCACGAGCACUUGCAGAACUUCAAGCUCCUGCAGGCGAGUUUCAACAAAGUGUCUGUGGACAAGGUCAUUCCCAUCGACAGGCUGAUCAAGGGUCGCUUCCAAGACAACCUGGAGUUCCUCCAGUGGUUUCGCAAGUUCGUCGAGGCCAACUACCAUGGCCGGCCCUAUGAUCCCCUGAUGGCCCGCAAUGGAGUUGCCAUGGGCUUGGGCUCGGGUCCCAUCAGCCCUAAACUCCAGAAACAAUCGCCUAGCUCCACUCCUCGAAGUGACACCUCCGAAAAGUCCUCUAAGUCCACUAAGCCAGCUCCUGAGGAGACCCAAGUAAACGUAGAAAAUGAAGAGCAAUACUUGGCACUUUCCAAGGAGUUCCAGUACUAUGCGGAAUUUAUUCCGGAGAUGGUAAAGGAACGAGACUUCUACUUUAACAAAUUGAGGAACAUCAAGAACCUUUGCCAGAAGUGCAAGGUAGCUGACCCCAGCCUAAGACUCUUUUCAGACAAGAUUAUUAAGAUUAUAUACGCUGAUAAAGACGUCAACCGAAACACCCAUUGAAUUCUAUUGAAAAGCUAUUCAAAAUUUUUAGUUAUUUUCCAAGUGCUUAUAGUUUUGUUACGCAUUUAUUUAUAUAUAGGAAAAUUCCGACAAAAUAAUACACAAAUUGUAUAUUAA